AUGUCAUCGCCCUCUCUGAGACAUGCUGCCCAGAGGGGCGUGGAUAUCGAGGAAGCAGGGCAUGCAGAGACUGCCAUUGCCGUUGUAUUUCUCGGGCCCUUGCUUGUACUUUGCAUCCUCAAUACCACCGCGGGACUUCUUUUUGGAAAUCCGGGCCAUUUGUCUUGGAUGAGUACACUCGCUGGCGUCAUAAGCUCCGUAGCUCGACUGUCUUUCCUCCUGCUGCUGCCAUUCAGAGCUGCUGAUGGAAGGAGCUUCAUGCUGAAGGUGAUUACCAAGUUGGUGGCAACAAUGUCAUUGCCUGCAGUGAUGUCCAUUGGAGUCAGUGCCCAUUUGGACGACCAUGUUGCAUUGUGGACGGUGCAUCUUACCUUCUUGUCAUUUCACCUUACCUUUGUUGUGGCUCUGUUCUUUGCGCUCAUCGGAAUCAACGGCACAUUGGCGCUUCCAGGCGGCAAGUGCAUGCUGCACUUUUUCCUUGCGAGACAAGAUUUGUUCAGCAAGCGAUCCUCCACCACAGCUGCCUCCGAGAGCGAGACAGAGUAG